AUUAUCACCAGCUAUGUGAGAUCCUGCCUGAAAGACACUCUCGCCUCAGCAUGGUGAAGGAGCUUCUCAGUCGAGGUUUCUUCAUCCAGAACCAGCCUGAUGAGCCCGAACUGGACCUAGAAACUGCAGAUUCCACUGCUGUGUCCACUCCCAGCAAUAAAAAUGUUUACCCAGAUAUUUUGAAAGCUGCAAAGGCAGAUUUCAUCAGGAUCUGUGGAAACCUACAGAAGGGCAGUGCGGUAUCAAAUGCUGACAAGACACUUUACCGCUACUACUGCGAGGCACUCUUGAUCUUCCGCCACAUGCAGUGCCCAGGAGCUGUGGAAGGAUUGACGGAUGCAGAGUGGGUGGACAGGAAGCAGGGUUGUAAUUGGCAUCAGCAGACAACAAAAAAUUUCAAUGAAGCAGAUUGCAACAUUUGCCUUGACACGUAGAGAGGAAGCUUGGUUUCAGUUGUACUUUAAGCAGAUAAGGCCAGAAAAAAUUCGGCCUGAAAAUGUCUGCAACAAAUUUUUCCUGUCAUCGACUGGCGAGGCUGUUCCAAAUGUCUCAGAAGACAUGUGUAACCGAGUGGUAAAAAGUAUAGUAAUUUAUUUCUCCCUUUGCAUCGUUAAACUUAUUUUAUUUUUAUUUUCUGUUUUCUUUAAAUUACCAAGUCAGAAGAAACAGUUAAUAUCUGCAUUUUUCCUUGAGUCGUCAGUAGGUGGUGCUGUUUGCAUUAUGCAUGGGACAUGCGCAUGUGCUGUUUUCAGACCUUUUUGGGUGAUGUGCAGGGAGCAACGUUGGGGAGAUGUGCACUCUCUGUAAUCAGUGACAUAUUUAAGACCAUCCAAGGGUAAAUUAUAGUAUUUCUUUCUAAUCUUCCUCUUAAAUAUCAUUUCUGGAUAUAUAUUUUGUUGUGUGGUUUCUAAGGAUGUCAUGUCAAUAAAGUUGUAUUGUGUACGAUGGUAUGACGUCACACCAUGCAGUGUAGGCCUGUUCAACUGUGGCUUUACAUAUGUUUUACAUUGUGCAAAUGUUCCAUGUGUUGAUGUUUUAUCUGAUUAUUUACAGUACAACAUUUUGUUGAGGAUUGCAGCCCUCAUAAAGUGAAUGUGAAGGGGUAAAAUAGGAACUCAUCAUGUUGUGAGUGUUAUCUUUUUAUUUUUCACAAAUUAUAUGUAAGUGGGUAAUAUUUCCAUGUUCUUAUUAUGCUUUGUUUCUUUUGUAUAGUAUUCCCACUGCCGUAUUGUACCGUGUAAUACCGCAUGUGAUUUUAGUGUGGUAGUUUCUCUGUAGCGUCUCACAACAUUUUGUUGUUGUGGAAUUCCUUUAGUAUUUCAUUAUUUUGUAUUUUUGUUGGGCCGUGUUUGCGAUGGUUAAGAGUUUGUUUCUGCUUAUAGCAGUUGGACUGUGAAACAAUCUGUAGAACAUUAGGAAUAAUUAUACACUGAGAAAUAUAGAGCUGUGAGAUUUACAUUUUAUUCCCAGCUCUUUGUAUCCUUCUCUGUUUUUUUGUUGUUGUUUCGUCUAUUUUCAAAAAUAGAUAUUUAACUCUUUUUCUUUGUUUCCGGUCUAUUUUGUGGAAGCAGUGAGCCGGAACGGUUUCUUGUACACUCUUGUUAAACAUUUCAGAACAUAUAAUUCUUUUGAAAAUACUAAAUGAAUAAACUACAAAGUAAGUGAACCCGCUAAAAGUGUUUCUGGUGGUCAAUCAAAUUCCCCGGGCACACAUGCAUCGGCUCCAUGAAAUGUAUUGGCCCACAUAGGCCUCCUAUAUCUUAUCAGUCACAGUGAUUAUCAUAAAUAACAUUUAAUUUCUUUCUGCAGGUAUAAGCUACCCACAUCAAAUAGUCGUGAUGCACGGAAGGCUGCAGAGGCCGCUGCACAAAUGCUCCCAGUACAACAAAAGGAGGCCAUUAAUCACUAUCUGGCACAGAGCUCUGGGUUUGGUCCAACAACAAAGAAAUCUAGAGCCUCAGUUUGUUGUGGACACAGCUGUGCUGCUGGACACCAUGACAGGCUGUACAUCAGACGAUGAGACCUCUGGACCAAACUCUCCCACAACCAGCAAGGAGUGCAGCGCUCCAACUAAAGACUUCUCUGCUUUUGUGGGCAGAUUUCCUGUCUCUCUGGACAGUCAGCCACCAAAAAAAAAAACAGCGGAUCAGCGAAGGGUUUCCUGGAGACCGCAUCUUUUUUGACAAGUGGAGAAACUCCCAGUAUGCCAAGAGAGAGGAAUAUCUGCUGUCACACUUCACACACCGCAAGCCUUCAGCUGCAAGGGUGUCAAAGCUGAUUGCGCAGGAGGGGUGGAAGAGCAACUACCCGAAGCCUAAAGAGAUUGAGCGGUUGUGGAAACCAGCUCCAAAGCUAUUAAUUGAGACAGAUCAAACAAUAAUGAAAUGUGUCUCUCAGCAGACCUGGAAAGGCAUUGCCAUUAAGGACUUUGGUCCCCAGCUAGGUCUAGGUGUGGUUGCAACCCAGCGGUUUUCUAAAGGUGACAUAGUUUGCGAUUACCACGGAAAGGUAAUAACGGCUGCUGCAGGUAGAGCCAUGAUGCAGGACAUUCAUGAUGAGGCUGGGUACCUCUUCUUCUUUAAAGCUGGCCAAAGAGAACUGUGCAUUGAUGCUCAGACAUUCCCUUGCGAAUGCCACCCAGACGCAGACACAUUUGGCAGGAGGAUCAAUCAUUCUUCCAAGAUGCCCAACCUGAAGCCCCUUCACUGUGUGUUAAAGGUGAAUGGAGAGGAAAAAGAUGUUGUCCUCUUCAAGGCACUGCAGGACAUCAGUGUGGACACACAGCUCAAAUUUGUCUUUCAGAGGAGAGGGCCUACUCAUCCAGCCAGUCCAGGUCCAAAGUUUGGCAAAAUAUACCAUCAAACUGUGGCCACACUCACUUCUGUCUACAUGUGAAAUGGACCUGCUCUUAUUUUAUACAUAUGUAAAUUGUGUUUUAUUGUGUGACUGUAAAAUAAAGAUACAUAU